AUGUCUUUAUUUAAUGGCACUCACUUGUACCGCCAACUGUUGAAGCAUCAUCGAUGGGUCCUUGAACAACACCUCACGUCUACCCUAGUUCUAACACCAAACAAUGGAAAAUUCGGCUAUAGAAGUAUUACUAAUGCAGUCCUUCACGCUCCUCCUACAAAGCACAACCCACACCCAAUUGCAGAAACGCACCUGCCAGGCGACACAAAGACCCCACUUAGCUCGGGUCUCAAAAAGUCAGGCACGACCAAGAAGAAGAAGACGCUUCCGACAUUCGACAUUAGUGCCAUUGAGAAUGAAAUAUGGGAGCACUUAAAAAGAAAAGACUUUUCUGCAGCUGAGCGUGCUUUUAACAACCUUCUCAAAACAGGCACCAAACCACGCGUAGUUGUAUACAAUGGAUUUAUCAAGGCACAUAGUUUAGACUUUCGGCAUUUUCGACAUCAGAAAGCAGCUGAAGAUAUUGUGAAUGAAAUGCUUAAAAAAGGAGUCCAGCCAAACUCCGAGACAUAUAUGCAGAUUCUCCUAGGCUACUCGGUCUAUUGCGACAAUGACCGAAAAACACUCAAAAGGAUUACUCAUUGGUUCGAGCGCUUCAUGGCUGUUGAAGCUACCAAUAAAUAUACUCGAACACACAAAAAAAUAAAAAAGCUCGUGGAAAUGAUGGCACCCACAAAUAAUCGGGCGUUGUAUCCUAUGGUGCGGACGGCUCUGGCAGCCGGGAUUCUUUUCGACGAGGAUAUGCUGAUCACGGCAAUCAAGGGAUGCAUUGUGGCUGAACGGCGUGAGCUGGCAGAAGACCUUUUGAGUAUUGCACGGAGGCGAGAUUAUGCAUGCGUAUGUUCCCCAACAUUACCAAUGUACGAUAUAUUGAUACGAGAAUAUCUGUCUGGAAAAGUAGAGCUGGAGUCAGCAACACGGAUAUUUCAGUGGAUGUUAGAAGAUGGAAAGGUCGCAGGAUCGAAUGUGUAUGGAUACUUUUUAAUGGGAUACUCAAGUACACCGCUUAAAGAGGAUGAAGCAGCCGAGCUGCGGAUAGAGACGCUACAACGAUUAUGGCAGGCCAUGAUAACUAUGAGCAGCACAGAGAGCGGUGGAUUUAAAGUGGAUGUGAAUGUAUUAGAAAAACUGUGCAACUAUUAUGUCUCACAGAACGCACUUCAUGAGGCCGAGCAGAUGUAUUGGGAUUUACGAAAACACCAAGAUGUUUUUGAACGUUCUUUGAUGCCGAUUUUCUACAAUCUUAUCAUCAAGUUCUCAGCAAAAUUACAAGUACCGUCAGCAAUGACACUUUAUUAUGAUAUGCUUUCCAGAGAUCACAAGCCCGGCAGUGAAGUGAUGUGUGCUUUAAUAUCCGCUAAUGCUGAACGAAACGAUAUUGAGUCAGCUAAGCAGAUGCUCGCAAUCACACAAGAAGUUUAUGAACUAGAGAACAAGGGCUGUGUACCUGACAUGUGUUAUGCAGUAUUAAUGCGUGAAUAUGUCCGACUCGGGAAGCUCUCAGAAGCUGAGGAUGUUUUCCGAAAUUUUGAGAAUUCAGCAGACAGUAUCCCUCUCGAAUUGGCUCGCGAUGCCAUGCUUCGUGUAUAUAUGCGACAAAAUCAAAUUAAAAAGGCAGAAGAAAUAUGGAGAAUGAAAACAGAAAUAAUUACGGACUCUCUCAAUGCUAUGAUCGAAGGUUAUGGGCGUGCUGGUCAAUGGGACAAUGUUGCAAGCUUGCUGCACAACUAUGGUGCUCAGGCAAGCCCGCGCACUCACGAAAUUGUUGUGCAGACCCGAUUACUUCAUGGCAAUAUUACUGAAGCACAGUCAUACCUAUCCAGCAUCAUGCAGCAACACAUGGUUGCUUCGCUAAUAGCUCCCAUACAAGCCAUUAUUGCCUCUUGUGCCAUUGAUGGCCGGGCAGAUGAUUCCCGGCGUUGGUACAAAUUGCUUGUAAGCGAGUCCGAUAUACCACUUGAGCAGAAAGAGCUUGCUACCCAAGUCAUGACCAAGUUCUCCAUCUCUCUUAACCCUCCUUUCCCAAACAAUGACCCAUAA